AUGGAUUGGAAACUUCAUUGUAGAAAUAUAAAACAAUUAGAUCUUGAAGAAGUUAGGAAAACAGCGGAAGUAUUCAAGAAAAAAUCUGAAGAUAUUGAAGCAAAAAUUUUCCAAUUAUCAAAUGCUCGUCAAUCAAUGAAAAAUAAUAAUAUUUUACGCGUACAUAUAAACACUUGGAGAAAAGAAAUGUCCUAUUUAAAAAAGGAAGAAAAAGAGAUUGAAAAUCUACUAAAAGAUACAUGUUUUCAGUGGAUUUUCAAAGAGAAAGCUAUACUGGACACAGAAUCUGUAAAUUCAGCAAAUGUAGAGAAGCUACAAAGUAUAAUUUCAACGCCUUUAUAUUCUCUAAGGAAAGAAAUCAAAGAAUGGAAUGAAACUGACAUGAAAGAUGAACGUUUAUUGAAACAAAAUUCUGUCAAAGAGGCUAUCCAAAAUCUAUCUGACUGUAUCCAAAAUUUGAAUAAUAGUUUGAAAGAGGAAAGUGAACUGCUUUCAGAAAGUCAAGAAGAUGGAAAAGGUAGGGAACUGUGCACAGUAUUGUAUUCUCCUGCAGACGAUUUGAUUAUAACGGAAUACAAGAAGAAACCGUUUAUAUGUAAUAUCAAAGAUAUGGGAAUACCUGAGCACGCGUGGGAUUGGCAGUGUUCAAACAGUGAGUACUUGUCAACAAUGUUAUCUGAGUUCAUUAUGUUGGAUUUUGAGUUCUACAAUCAGCUUGAAGUAAUUAAAAAAGAAUAUGAGUCACUUCGAUUGGCUGAUGAACAACUUUGGAACUCAAACGAAUUAGAAAUGUUUGAAUAUAUUUGGGAUAUAUAUAGAAGACAUAUAAUGCAUCAGCGACGACAUUACACGCUUGAUUUUUUAUCACGUGUUUUUACUAACCGAAGUAAUAAAGAAAUAACCGAUUUAAUGGAUCAUUGUGAACGUGUAAAUCAACUGAAAGAUCGUGCUGUAACAAUAAAUCGUGUAUGGAAAAAAUCACGUGAUGAUUUAAGUAUACGUAUCCAAGCCACACUGCUACAAAUCUCAGAAUUGUCGAAUGAAAAACGUAUUAAAACAGAGAAGUAUCAAUCUCAGAAAGAAUUGUGUGAUUUUUUAAAGGAACAAGUUCAAAGAUGGCGUAAAGAAAAACUAGAAAUGAGUGAAUUAGAAGAGAAAGAGAAUGCAAAACUGAAAGCACGACAAGAAGAAGCUGAAUCUAUUAAAAAGGCUAAAGAGAAUGCUAUUAGAAAAGUAAUCAAAGACAAGAUAGCUGAACAUCAAUCAAGGAAAGCAGCAGAAAAACGAGAACAAGCUGAAAAUGAAGCAGCUAGAUUGAAAUUUCUUCGUGAUAUGCAUGCAAAACAAUCACGUAUAGAUAUGGCACGACUUAAAGAAGCACAAGAUUUACGUUUAGCUGAAAUUAAACAAAAAAGAUUAUUAAGUCAAUUGGAAAAAAUUAAACUAUCCGAUGAACGUGAAAGCAGGUUGGAGAAAUUAAGAAAAAAGGUUCGACCAAAUGUUUUACCAGAUCCAAACCGAUCAAUGUCUGAAACUGAAUCAUGGAGGUUGAAGAUAGACGACCAUCUACAACAUACUGAAACCUCAAUAGAAACACAAAUGUCUAAUUCUACUGCUACAACUACUACCACUAAAAAUGAUGGUAGCAGGUUUGGAUCAAAGCUAUACACUUACACAAAUGCUCAAUUAUAUGCAGAUAAUCGUACACGUCUGACUACAGCACUAUAUAAUGCAGGUGUACUGGAUACCGAUUAUGCUAGAAUGGUAUUAUCAAGUGUAUCGCCCAACCGUCAAACACGUAAGGAUACAAUCACUUCAAAAGAGUUUCAAGAAGCAUUAAACGAUACUGUACAUAAUUUGUUUUGA